AUGACCAACCCAUUCCACCGACCUCCCAACCCCCAGCUCACAGCCCGUAUCGCCAACAUCCGCACCAUCCUCGCCGAGAUAAAAACAUCCUCCUCCAUCCGCGAGACGCUCAUCCUCCUGGGCCAAAAAGGUGGCCGUCACUGCGCCUCAUGCAGUCCGCACAACACACCAGGGGCCUGCGGACCCACAUGUGCUCUCCUCCGGCCAACCAGUAGAGAGUAUCUAGCAGUACCCGCAUGGGCCACUGUUGUAUAUGCUGACGUCGAGACUUACUCCAAGCUAGUGGAGGACAUGGAUCGGUGUGCGGGUGUGCCCAAGGCGGCGAAGGUGCGCGAGUGGGAGGAGACGGCGGAGAAGCUGAGGCGGAGCGCUAUGAGUCGGAAUGAGUGUAAGGCGGAGGACUGGGGUGGGAAUGUGAAGAUGCUGGAUCCGAAUGCUGUUUUGACGCCUGACUGGCGGUUUGAAGGACACUGGGGGUUGGGACAGGGGCUUGAGGAGGAGGUUGCGCCGGAGGAUCCGAGGGUGAAUCCUUUUCUUUGA